UUGAUGACUUAAAGGUCCGCCAUAUAUUUGUUGAUAUUCGUGUAUAGUGAAUAUAUAUAUAGUCAAAAAUAGUGGUGAGAAAAUAAAUAGUUGAUGGGAAUUAAUGAAGGGGAAUUGGAAGUUGGUUAAUGAAGGUCGCACGUGGCAAGCAUGAGGCCGCGUGGUGAAACAUUGAAUACCAUGCCAUGAUGCAUCCUCCAGCUGCGCCUGAGCCACCCCUCAUUAAUGCCGGAAGCAUAGCUUCACCGCCCCUCCCCCAACCCAACUACCGCUAUCAAUACGUAUACCUCCUCUCUCUCUCUCUCUCAUCACACACUUUCACUCCAAAACACAACAACAAGCAACGAAGAAAUGACCAACAAAACCAGCGCUAAGUUAGCCGCCGCGGCCCUCUGCUUCGCGGUGCUGGGCGUGCUGGCGGCUGGAGCAGCCGAGUCCAUCGCCGACAAGUGCGCGGCGGAGUUCCAGAAGGUGACGCAGUGCCUGUCGUUCGUGACGGCGAAGGCGGCGGCGCCGAGCAAGGACUGCUGCACCUCCGUGACGGAGUUGAAGGACGACGAUCCGGCGUGCCUCUGCUACAUCAUUCAGCAGGUCCACAACGGCUCCAACGCCGCCGUCAAGAGCAUGGGCGUGCAGGAGUCGCGCCUGCUGCAGCUGCCCUCCGCCUGUAAGCUCGCUAAUGCCAGCACCACUCAAUGCCCUAAGCUUCUAAACCUGCCUCCGAACUCUCCCGACGCCGCCAUCUUCACGAAUGCGUCGACGAAUGCGACUACGACACCGGUGGCGACACCCGGUGCGACGGGGGCACCCAGUAAGGGAGAUUGGCAGAAACCUGGAGUUGCAGGAUGCCUAACGGUGGCCAUGGCGAUCUUCGUCCAUGCAUUCCCCUUGUUUUGAAGGUUUUAGGGCUUUGGCUUUUCAAGUUUAAGAUGGUGUAAACCAUUAUAUUAAUUUAGCUUGCAUUUGUGUUGUGGAGCGAUCACUUUUAGCUUCGACUAUAUGAAUUACGUUCAAUUUUAACUAAGUGCCUGUUAUUCA